AUGGCACCAAGAACCGCUACGAUCCCAGUGGCUCAAAUGCCGCAACAAGCUGGCGUUCGGGGCCCCCAAGAUGACUGGACAGGUAUCAUCGAUCGAAAAGAACGAAGAAGGUUGCAGAACCGGAUUAAUCAACGGUCAUAUCGGCUACGGCAGAUACGACGACACAAAGUUGACCAACCACCGGAGGAAAGCAGCGGCGCAAUGAUCACCUCCCGCCCGACUGAAUACGGCAAUGACCAUAAAGGCUUGGGCGAAUUUCAAUGCAAACUGGGUCAACUGCGCAUCUACUCACUGAUGCGCGAUUUCGAAAUGUCAGCCUUGGAGAGCUAUUCAAAGAACGCCCCAAACCAGGACCACCUUCUCAGUCUACCAAAGUUCAACAUUCAGCGCGCGAUCAUUGAUAACACUGUCGCUAUGGGCAUGACCAUGGAGUGGAUGAAUGGCGAUGACGCCGUAUCCAUCUUCAAUAUGCAGGGGCCGGGGAUCUCCGAAGCCCUUAUUCCAGCAAGUCUGCGGCCAACAAUAGUCCAGCGGCGAAUCCCCCAUCAUCCAUGGCUGGAUUUCUUCCCCUUCCCAAACUUAAGGGACAAUCUCAUCGCUGUGCAGGAUGAAAUUGACGAUGAGGAGUUGUGUCAUGAUCUGAUGGCGUUCUGGGAUACGCGUAACACAGGCCCCAUGUUGUUGGUCUGGGGCCAGUCCUGGAUGCCGGGAAAUUGGGAGAUGACACCAGCGUUCGUGAAAAAGUGGGGGUUUCUGCUUGGUGGCUGCGAGGAGUUGUUGCAGAGUACAAAUUCUUGGAGAUUGAAGCGGGGAGAGCGGCCGUUGUCUCUGAGACCACUUCUUCAGACUAGACUAAUUGAAGACUUAUGA